ACUUGGGUAAGCCAACAGCAUGGCGGGUGAAGACUGAGGUGAGCAAGGCUGACCUUGUGGGGCCUGUGGAGUUAGGCUGUGUGCGUCAGAAAAAUCUCCAGGCUCCUGACUUCAUCAGCACCGAGGUGUCAAGAGAAAGGGAGCGGCUUGGGGUGGAAAGAGGAGACAGAAAUAGACCUGAGAGUAAGUGACUUUAAAAGGGCUGGAGGGGUGUAAGGUGGAGAUGGGGGAGAAGAAGGUGGAGCAGCAGGACUUUCCGAGGAGCUUCCAGGAGUUCCUGAGCCAGCAGACCCACCGCAGGGUGAACGUGCUGGCUGCGGACCUGACACAGGCCCAAGCCCCGGGGGAUGCCCUGGACAGGAACCGGGUGCUGAUGCUGGAGGACUUCGAAAGGACGGUGGACGGGAAGCUGCGGUGCUCUUACUGCGGCUAUUCCAGCCAGAGAGCGGCUCGGCUGAUGGAACAUACGAGAAUCCACACGGGUGAGAAGCCGCACAGGUGUCGCCUGUGCCCCUUUGCCUCGGCUUACGAGCGGUACCUCGAAGCCCACAUGCGCUCCCACACUGGAGAAAAGCCAUACAAGUGUGAAUUGUGUGCCUAUCGCUGCAAUUACGGAAGCAACCUGUCCCACCAUCGAAGACGCAAGCAUAAUUUGUUACCGCUGACCGGUCCCAGGGCCUCCUUAAGCAGUGUGAAAAUGUGGGAGACCUUACAGAAUAAGAGCAACAUGGAGGAUGGCAAACGAAGGGUGCUCAUCACCUACUCUCCACCUUCUGUGGUCGCUCAGGAACCAGAUCACCUGAGUGAUUCUAAACACAAGACCCCAAAUGUUCAGAAUGGCUUCUGUGAUGGUAUGGAUAAGGCUUCAGUUUGCAGACUGCCAGGGGACCCACAAGGACUCUGGUUUAUGGAUAAUCCUUUGAAUCAGCUGUCUGACCUAGCAGGGCACUUGUCCACCUUGCCACCUGAAAACCCAAACCCUGUCUCCACUGAUGUAGACUCCAUCCUAGAAGAAUGGAAGCCUUUCGUGAUGCAACAGCCUUCUGCCCAAGGGAGUGUCCCUCAGAGCUCCCCCACAGUCCUCAGGCUUUUUCCACCAUCGAGUCAGAGGAACUGUAGCCCACUGAUAGGGCGCAGCAGCCAGCCAAGUGGCUACACCAGCACCCCCAUCCUUGGAAACAGCCAACCGAGCAGUCCAACUGUAAGCCUGCCAGUGCAGGGCGCUCAGCUUCUCGACCUCUGCCAGCACUGUGACACAUAUUUUGCAGACAACGUUCUCUACACUAUCCAUAUGGGAUGCCAUGGAUAUGACAACCCCUUUCAGUGCAACAUAUGUGGAUUCCAUUGUGAGAACAAGUAUGACUUUGCCUGUCACUUUGCGAGAGGUCAGCAUAGCAAGAGCUGAGAGCCACCAGCUGUAUCUUUACCCAGAUUCUUUUGAUGACCAAAAGAAGAGGCACAGUGAAAUGUAUCCAUUUGAAAUCGCAGCUGUUCCCCAGAUCCUUCCAAGGCAGCCAGUGAGAACUCACCAGUUCCUGAACUGUGACCUUCAGGCCUUUAGGACUUCGUAGGAUACAUUAUGGAUGCUGCAAAGUUCAUGACUUUGAUAGAACAGUCACAGAAGCUUCAUGCAAGGCUUCUGAAGAUCUGACUUUCAGCUUUCUGUGUGCCUUACUGAAAAUGAAGCGCCCCAGACUAUUCUUUUGAGCCUGUGUACUAAGGCUAAGCUGACCCACUUCCUGAGUGCUCCUCUUUUGCCUCUAGGGGUGCUCCUGGCAAAAUCUGAAGGCAUAGGGUGAGGCCCAAUCCUGCAGAAGUUCUCCCUCAUUACACUGGAUGGGCAACAGGGACCCAUAGAAUCUAUGUUAAUCAUUCCUCUCCUGCAGGUCCCACUCUGACUUCCAUGGUAGGUAGUGUGGGCACAUCCUGUAGGUUCUCGUGUUUGUAGUAGCAGCAGCAGGGCUUAUUCCAGGGAGGUACCCAAAGAGAUGAGCUGGUAGUCCUGCCCCAACUACGAGUAUAGCACAGCAAGUGCCUGCUGCCCAACGCAUUCCUUCCACUGCCUGUGAGACUGAGGCUGGGAAUGACUUCUUUCUGGUGGGUCUUCCACCUCAGGUGGGUUUCUGUGAGCUCUGACCUAACUGUUUAAGGGUUACAUCUCUGCCUCUUUUAUCCAUGCCCUUUCUGACAGAAGCCUGACCUAGUCAAGCUCCUUUGACUCCAGGUCUCCCAUCAAACUCUCUAAUGGACAUUGUGUAGGUAAUAGUUACUGAUUUUAGAAUUUUUCUUUGGAUUUAUAGCACAUACAAUGGGCCUGAAUGGUGUCUUACCCAAAUUCAUAUGUUGAAAUUCCCAUAGCUCAUGAAUGUGACUAUAUUUGGACAAAAAGUCUUUAAAGGAGCAAGGUCAAAUAAGGUCUCAUGGAUGAGUCCUAAUCUGGUAUGAUUGCUUCCCUGUGAGGAGAGUUGGACACAGGUCUACACAGGUGGAUGAUCAGGGAAGGAAUGGAGAGGCUGUCUAGCUGCCUGUGAGCCAAGGACUGACAGAGAUCUCAGAAGGGGCUAGACUUAUUUGCAUUUUGUUCUCAGGUUUCUAGUCCACGGAACUAUAUAGAAGUAAAUUUCUGAGUUAAAAUGUCCUGAGUUAUAUAACAGUAAAUUGCUAAGGAAGCCUCGCCAGUUGAUAAAGUAUAUCAGUGUUCUGUUUUUGUUUGAUUUUUGGUUUUGUUUAGUUUUGAGUCAGGUCUCACUAUGUAUCCUUGGCCAGCCUAGAUCUCACUGUGUGGAAUAGCUCAUAAAGAUCCAUUUGCCUCUGCUUUCCUAGUCCUAGGAUUAAAGGUGUGUGCUACCAUGCCACUCUGUUUUCCUUUUUCAGGAAAAGAGACAGUUAUGGAGGGGAAGGAAGCACAUGUAAUUCCAAGACCCUAUGUUUUAUAGCUUGGUGCAGUGUAAGAGCAAUUUCCUGGGCUUAUCUAGUUCCGCAUUUAUGAGAUUUUGUUUACUAGUACUUCCUUUGGAAUGUAGCAUCCACUUUAUGUUCUCCGAAAGAUUGCCACUUACUCAUAGUACUUUGUAAGUUUCCAUAGCUGCUUUCCCAACUUAUCACAUAAUAAAUGCCAAAGUCAGCUCUUGAGUAAUAGUGAGUAGAUUCACAAGCUAGAGCUAGGCUGUUGAGUGGUGAUGUGUUCCUUGACCUAUAUCCUUACUGCUGGUGUUUAUCACUGAGGUCAGUACAAUGAGGACAGUGACAUUCAGGAAAUUGAGUUAAAUUUGAUUUAAAGCAUCAAAAUCUUUUGUUUUAGUUCAUUUUUGUACUUAAAUUCAUCCAUCAUAGUCAAAAAUGAUUAAGUCAGAGAAGCCAGUCACCAUCAUUUAUACUUCAGGGUAGAGGACUGAUCCUAUUAAUUGUAAUGGCCAGCAUUCGGCUCUGCAGGCUAAUUUCUUCCUAGUUGUCGUACUCUGUGGACUUUGAGGUCCACUGUUCCUCCACUCAUGGCCCCUCUGUAUCCUCACCAGGCUCUUUAACAAUGCCUGUGUACUAACUGACACAUAUCUGCCUGCAGCCUGGAGUUGACUCCUGGCUGAGUUCCUAGCACCUAGGUAUGAAACUGUUCACUGAGCAUCCCCACCAAAUUCCUCUGAGGGCCCCAAGCUUGCCUUGCCCGUUCCUCCAUAACCCUCGUGUGCAUUUCCCACCACUGUGCUUAUUCCCUUCCAUCCUCACUCUUUCCUGAACACCUCUCUGUCUUAAAUUGUAGCCCAGGCUGACCAGGAGCAGAGGGUAAAUCUACCACAGUCACCAACAUGCCACAAUUACAGGCAUAAGCCACCAUAGCCAGCCUAUUACUGUCUCUUGAGAUGUCCAUUACCAGAGACCUACACACCCCUGCACGAGAAUCCAAUAUUUACUUCUUUCCAUCUCACAGUGUCACUCACCAGGACUUACUCAUUUCACUUCUUCAAUAUUGAAUAUUCAGAAUACUCAAAAAUGUAUUUUGUCUCACUAGUGCUAAGACAUGUAAGUCCACAGAAAGCAGUGUGAAACUGACAAAGGCAGCACCCAACAUGGUUAAAAUCAGAGCAGGUGAACACAUUUGCAGGCAGUGGGCUGGAAAGUGACGGUGGUGCCGGGCAACUGGCAGAGACACCCACAAGUUUUAAAAAUGCAUCUCUUUAAUUCAGUAAACUAUCUUUAAGAAAUUUGCUGUAAGUUGAGAAAUAUAUGGAUUACACUUUUGGUUUACUAGAUUUUCAUUAACACUAAAAGAUCAUAAAUAUCAUCAAUACCAAACAGCCUAAAUGGGGGAUUUGCUUAAAUACUGUGUUAAAUAAUGUGAGUUUUGGCACCAUUAAUGACUAUGUGAGGUGUGUGUUUAACAAGUUCAGUGAAACCCACUUGCACUUUACAUGUAAAGAAAUAGUGUAAAAUAGUGUAUAGAUGGAUGGCAAACACACUUGAUAUAAAUAUGCACAUGGGCAUUCUCAACAGAAACCAAGGCAAGCUAGAAAAUGGUUUGUGGGUUAUCAGUGGUGGGUGCUUCAGGAGAUGACCUUGUAGAGGAUACACUCUUUUCAGGAAUUUUCUUUAUUUGCUCAUUCUUUGUCCUAACAACAAGAACUCCUAAUAAAGCAGAGGCACUCAUGAAGUCUGUGAGUAGGAAGCACCAUAGGGUACAUUCUAGUAGACAUCACUGAGCCAGGCAGGUGCCUCUGCUUCGUCCCAUGGCAACCUUAGCCUGUGGACCAUGCACUGACAGAAAGGAACAACAAUGUCCAUCCAGUAUUGUCCAGUCACCAACACCAGCUAUAGCUCCUGAUCCUUGUCUGACAGAACAGUGUAUCUGGGCUCCAAUAUCCCUGGAACAACAAUGUCCAUCCAGUAUU